AGUACUGAGUCUGGCUGGCUCAGUCCGUGUGGAGGUUCCUGUGGCAUCUGGUGGAGGGGCCCUGGGUCACUGUGUUUCCUCCCAGGGGUGACUUGGCAGUGCUUUGCUCUGUUUCCUCACUUCUGCAAUUGCCAGGCCACAACACAGAGGCUCGAGCUGAGGCUUGGACCAGGAGGGAGCAGAGCCUACGGCUGAGCUCCUCCUACAGGCAUAUUCAGCGCUCCAUGACCAGGUGACCCUUCCUGCCCAGAGCAAUGGAGCACAAUGGCUCCUUUCGUGUGGAUUCUGAGUUUCGAUACACGCUCUUUCCGAUUGUUUACAGUGUCAUCUUUAUACUGGGGGUGGUUGCCAACGGCUAUGUGCUAUGGGUCUUUGCUAACUUGUACCCUUCCAAGAAACUAAAUGAGAUAAAGAUCUUUAUGGUGAAUCUCACUAUGGCUGACCUGCUCUUCCUGAUCACCCUCCCACUGUGGAUUGUCUACUACUACAACGAGGGCGACUGGAUUCUACCCAACUUCCUGUGCAACGUGGCUGGCUGCCUCUUCUUCAUCAAUACCUACUGCAGUGUGGCCUUUUUGGGUGUCAUCACUUAUAACCGCUACCAGGCAGUAGCCUAUCCCAUCAAGACUGCACAGGCCACCACCCGCAAGCGUGGCAUCUCUUUGUCCCUGAUCAUUUGGGUAUCCAUUGUGGCUACUGCAUCCUAUUUCCUGGCCACAGACUCCACCAACCUAGUGCCCAAUAAGGAUGGCUCAGGCAACAUCACCCGCUGCUUUGAGCAUUAUGAGCCAUACAGUGUGCCCAUCCUUGUUGUUCAUGUCUUCAUCGCCUUCUGCUUCUUCCUCGUCUUCUUCCUUAUCUUCUACUGCAACUUGGUCAUCAUCCACACGCUGCUCACGCAGCCCAUGAGGCAGCAGCGCAAAGCGGGGGUGAAGCGGAGGGCGCUGUGGAUGGUCUGCACGGUCUUGGCGGUAUUCAUCAUCUGUUUUGUGCCCCAUCACGUGGUCCAGCUGCCCUGGACCCUAGCAGAGUUGGGCUACCAGACCAACUUCCAUCAGGCUAUUAAUGAUGCCCAUCAAAUCACCCUCUGCCUCCUCAGCACCAACUGUGUCUUAGAUCCCGUUAUCUAUUGCUUUCUUACCAAGAAGUUCCGAAAGCACCUCAGUGAGAAGUUUUACAGCAUGCGCAGUAGCCGGAAGUGCUCCAGAGCCACGAGUGACACGUGCACCGAGGUGAUAGUGCCAGCCAACCAGACUCCUAUUGUGUCGCUGAAAAAUUAAUCUCUGCUUAUUAAAGCCAGAUCCAGAGCCUUCUCUUCAAUGGACCUCACAGACGGAGCUAGGAGGUGGACUGACCCUGGUGGACUCAAGUGCGGCAGUUACUUCCUCGCAGAGAGCCGGUUGCUGGAAGAUACAGAACCUGGAUGCUCCUUUUCACUAGUCUUUGGGUCAACGCUAGAGGACUGUGGCUGAUGGACUCACCCAGAGCUUCAGAUUGUGACAUCCAGCUAGGGUCAGACCUUGGGGAGAAACGCUAAGCAGCUCAGUUCAUCCAACUGGGGCAUCAACUUAAGGUUUGGUCAGUGACUUCCAGGGGCUACAGGAAGAGGGGAGAUGGGUUGUGGGGAUUCAUCACUGAUUGUGUGGAAGAUUUUUGGGGAAGCAAUUAAGUUUCAGAUGGUGCCUUCCUUGGUCCAUCUAUAGGUACAAGGUCCUUGUGACCCUUCCUAGAGGAAGUGGUUUGGUGGUAUCUCUUGACUGACCCAAGUACCUGGCCUCAAAUGUAACCAGAGGAAUAAACACAGAAGUUGACCAGAAGCUAGGAUGUGAGCGUGUUUGCUUGAGGCAGCUGAGUUUUGCCCAGGCCUGAAUGAGUGCUGAAGGAAUGGAAGAGAGAUGGCUACCUCAGGGCACUGCACUUUCCACUUCCGGCAGGCAGCUUCUUAUCGAGGUCUUCUGGCCACAUGGUAGUGAUUUUUUGGCAAGUGUCUCAGUCCCAUCUCACUCACUGUACCCAGCCUCCCUGUCAGAAACAACUCAAGGAGGGAGAGAUUUAUUUUGGCUCACAGUUUAGAAGACCUCGGUCCCUCAUGGCAAGGAAGGCACGGUAGGGCAGCUCCGACUCUGGUGGUGGGAACAGGAGAUGGGGUGUUCAUGUGACAGUGGGCCAGGAACCAAAGACUGCACCUUAACCCGGGGAUGCGAUAAAACCCACCCCCAGCCACCAACUUCUACAGCCAGGACCUACCUCCUGAAGGUUCCAUAGUCUCCCAACACAGAGAGCAGGGCACGGGGCCAGUGAGAUGGUAGUGCAAGGUAGCGAGCACUUGCAGCUAACACUGCUGAUCAGUGUUUAAUCCCAGGAGCCACAUGGUACAAAGAGAGAACAGACAGGCCAGUCGUCCUUCUACCUUUACUUUCAUACCAUGGCACACACAUGCCCCGCCUCCCCAUAUACAUAUACAUACAAAGUUAAUAAGAUAAAGCAAAACAAAUGUGACCCCAUGAAAUAUCAGGUUUAUUCAAAUUAUGUCUGCUAUUUCGUUUACAUGAGAUGCCCUCUUGCCCUCUGAGAAGUACCCAGAAGCUGUAGACUCAGCACUCAGAGGACCUUUUCCUGUUUUCCUGAGCCUUGUGCUUUUUUUUUUUUUUUUUUUUUUCUUUCCCUGAGACAGGGUUUCUCUGUGUAGCCCUGGCUGUCCUGGAACUCAACUUUGUAGACCAGGCUGGCCUCGAACUCAGAAAUCCACCUGCCUCUGCCUCCCGAGUGCUGGGAUUAAAGGCGUGCGCCACCACUGCCUGGCGCCUUUUUCUUUUCUUUAAAAAGAAAAAACAAAGUCCUUCCUUCCAGCAAGUGUCUCCUUGAAGUUGGGUCAGUUGAUGCCUGUCUGCAAGACAGGCAUAGGCUUGUUCCAAUAGGGCAGGAAUCUGCUUGGAUUGGUGUCAUGGCAGUAUUGUGGACCUGGCUGAAGGGGACUAAGUAGUUAAGACAACAUGCUUGAACUGUGACAUCUUACAAAGUCAGGUUCAAGUCUUGCCUGUGCUAAAUGCUGUUCAGGACGUGGGAAUUUCAUUUUCUACCUCGUAGUGUCAUUAGCUGGGAGGUUCAACCUACCUCACGGGACUUCUGAGCAGGCAUGUUCAGCUGAAAUCUGGGUGACUAAUCCCGAACCUCCCCUCCCUCGGCCCUUUGAUAGGAACUGAAGAGGGGCCAGGGUUGGACAUCUGGAUUUGGGAUGCACCUCUCAGGGAGCUGUGGCCGUGUCUACAUGUGAAGUGGGUUGGGUGGCCACCUAGGUGACUGGCAGACAAGUGGCUUUUCAAAGAAAGCAGAUGUGUUAGGCUAAGCAGAGGUUGGAGAGAAACAAGAACUUGGCGAGAAGACACAGCUUCCAAGGGGCCAGAGGGACCAAGUGCUUUCUCCUGAGUCCUGGGAGGUUCUCUUGUCAGGAUUCCUUCUCUUUCCUUCCUUAAGCUCAUUGGAAUGGGUGUCUAGUGCUCUCAAUGAAAUAACAUUCUCUGUUUCUAUGUUAAUAUGGUAUAUUCUGAAUUUCAUCAUAUGCAUAUCUCCCUUGCCAUUGGUUUGCAAUAUCCAUGUACCAUAGUAUGUUUACUUAAUAAACAUUUUUCUCUUCUAA